AUGCCAGUGAUUCUGCACUUGCGCAACAUCUCAACCGACCUUGGGAUCACAAAUGGAUCGCAGGGCAUUAUCCGGCAUAUUUUCACCACAAAAUCGUCAGCAGGCUUCAACCAUGCGGCCUGUGUCCUGGUCCACUUCCCUGACAGCAAGGUGCAUCUCAGCAAGCUUCCGCAAGGCUGGUAUCCCAUCUCCCCUGCAACAUGGACCUUUACAACUACAAUGAAUGGUGCAAAUGGCACUCGAGAGAGGUUACGGAUCACGCGUGCCCAAGUCCCUAUCCAACCAGCAUUCGCUGUCACCGCGCAUUCUGCGCAAGGGAAAACUUUGCCUUGUGUUCUGGUAAACCUU